AUGGAGGGGUGUAAGUACGAGGGGUGCGGCCAUGGCACGUACUUCGCAGGUUACGCGCGUCCGGCGCCGCAGAAAGUCCUUGGCGGGGGACGGGCGAUCCUGGCACAGGACUCUCGGAACCGGACGCACCAAGAGCACGUACGGCACGGAACCGCUGUAGAGAAGGGUUUAGAGAGCGAGGAGCAGUCCGGGGUGAAGGGGGUGUCCUGCAUCGCCAAGAUGCUGCCGUACUUUAACGUCGUAAAAGGGUUUCCCAUAGCGGUGGGGCACGCCUUUCUGCUCGGAGUGGUGUCCGCCUUUCUGGAUACCGUUUUGGCGGACUACAAAACGGAGGGGGAGCGUCCGAACCACGUGGUUACGAAGGCAAACCGGCGGAAAAUGAGCGCGCGGCACGGGAGGCUCGUUUGGACGCACGAGCACGGGCGGCCGGCAAAGGACGUGGUCAAGUACCGGGCGUCCAUGACCAUGGAGGAGUUGCUCGUGUUCGUGGAGACCGCGUCCCUGUACGUGUUCCUGGGCUGCCUGCUGAAGGAGCUGGAGACCGCCUGGUUUCACCUGCGCCGGGCGGUGAUGCACUACUGCCGCAUCUCCGACGGGGGGAUGGACGAGGCGCGCAGGGAGCGCGCAAAAGCUGACGUGGCCAAGUACGCGAGCAUCGUGGAAGAGGUCAUCGGCCCCCAAAUGUGCACCAUGAAUCUGCACCAGGCUGUCCGGCACGCUUACGAGCAGGAGACCGCCACCGGAAGCACCGCCAAGUCCAUGGAGUGGUUCGUCGAGCAGCACGUGGGCGAGCUGAAGAAGCGAGUGGCGGGCAUGACCCGAGAGCCACACAAGGUGGUCGGGAACGACGUGCUGUUGGAGAAGGCGCUGACUGACCGGGUGACGGAGAAGCCGCACUUCCGAGCGCUGGUCGGGCUUGACGAGGAGAGGGAGCCGGAGGCUUUCAAGGGGCCGACGGACGUGCCCGAGGAGGGCGUCCAGCUGCUCCACGUGGGGCAGCCACUCGGGGCGUCGCAGCUGAGCCCCGACGAGCUCGCGUCUCUGCAAAAUCACGCCGAAACGGUCGGUUUCACAACCGACGUGCAGCGUUGGGAGAUCCACGAGUUCCGGGCUGCGCGAGUCGGGGACCAGGCCUACCAGUCGAGGGCGCGCUACAGGACGGCCGCUCGGCAUUCGUUCAAUGUGUCCAUCAGCUGGAGCUCCAGUCAGACGAGGAAGAGAACGGAACACUUUGCCACCCUGGAGCGUUUCCUCAGAGUUCAAGAUAGCGCUAGCGCCGGAGUGUUGCGGAUAGCCACGGGGACAGUUUACAAGCAAGCGCGAGCGGAGAAAGGUCUGUCCGUGCUUGAUGCCGCCCAGCCAUUGAAGGUGGGGGAAGUCAUCCCCCUAGAAAGCAUCGAGUCGAAGGUCGUGUUUGCUCCGCACGACGAGCAGCAAGGCAAGAUGUACGUACUUCCGUGUUUCUCAAGGGAUCUGUAG